AUGCACUCACGCGACAAGGCCACCAAGGAAGGCUACAGGACCCCCGCUGAUGAGUCUGAUUUUACGGUGACAGGAGUCAAAAAGGGAGAGUCUCGCGUGUGGCGGCGGCGGCAGGCCCACCAUCCCGCCGGCGCGAGAGCGCGAUGUGCGGGAGGUGCAGGCGCGUCCGGCUCACCGGGCAUCGCAACGCGUGUCACUCUGGCCGCGAUCUGCGCGGGACUGCCGUCCGCCGUCCGCCGCCCGCUGCCCGCUGCACUCGACCUCCCCCUGCUGCCGAAGCGUCCGACGCGACGACGUGACUUUGACUCAACUCAUAUCCAUUAUACUAUACUAUUCUAUACAAUAAAA